CUGGUGGGGGCAGAUAGCACCUGACCCGACGUGUAAGAACCUUUCAACUGCGUCGACCAUCAAGAAUAAUUCCAUGUUCAGCGUGCCUUCCCCUGUUAUGCAGACCGCCGUUGAGGCGGCCAACAAGUCAUCUCUUAGAAUUAAAUGGGAAAAUAGUGCCCCCAUUGAGUACAAGGUUUUCAUGCACUUUGCGGACUUUCAGAACAGCCAGCUCCGACAAUUCAAUGUUUCUUUCAACGAGCUAGGGUCAUAUCAGGUAAGCCCACCUUACCUAGACAAUGGUGUCCUUAGCAACAGCCAAUGGUACAAAGCUCCCGGUGGAGUGUACACCAUCACUCUUGAGCCCACUGCUGAGUCCAAGCUGCCACCGAUGCUUAACGCGUACGAGAUCUAUGCUCUCAUCUCCCAUGAUGAUCCAAUGACGUUCCCUAGAGACUUUGACGCUAUCAUGGGAAUUAAACUUGAGUAUGGUAUAAAGAAGAACUGGACAGGUGAUCCGUGUUUUCCAGCACAACUAGCCUGGGAUGGUAUUAAAUGCAGCAGUGUGAGUGGUAACAACACUGCAAGGAUAAUAUAUUUGGAUCUAUCCUACAGCAACCUACACGGGAGCAUCUCUAAUAACUUUACAUUGCUUACAGCACUCGAGUAUUUGAAUUUGUCAUGCAACCAACUGGAUGGACCAAUUCCUGAAUCCCUCCGUGAAAACAAUACAAGGUCAUUCGUUUUCAGUUUUGGAUCUGAUGGAGAUAUGUGCAACAAAACUAUAAAUCCACCUCCGUCAAGAAAGAAAGUAAAAGGAGGAGCUAUCAUAGCCAUUGCAGUAGUGGUUCCUGUGAGUGCAAUUGUUCUUAUUCUCGCGUAUUUGAUCUGGAGACAGAAAAGAAAACCCAAAAUUUCUACAGAUGAUCCUCCCAGAGAGCCAGAACUUGAUAUUGCUCCAGCAAGUAGAAAUAAUCAUGGAGGCACACUGCUAAAAGUUGAGAAUCGCCAAUUUACAUAUAAGGAGCUUGAGAAGUUCACUAAUAAUUUUGAACGGUUCAUUGGACAAGGAGGUUUUGGACCCGUCUUCUAUGGUUGUUUAGAAGAUGGAAUUGAGGUUGCUGUCAAGAUACGCUCAGAAUCAUCAUCGCAUGGGCUUGAUCAAUUUUUCGCCGAGGUUCAAAGCUUGACAAAGGUGCAUCAUAGGAAUCUAGUUUCUUUGGUCGGUUACUGCUGGGAGAAGGGUCAUUUAGCACUGGUUUAUGAGUACAUGGCUCGAGGCAGUCUCUGUGAUCAUUUGAGAGGUAAUAAUGGUGUUAGUGACUCCUUAAAUUGGAGGACACGCGUUCGAGUUGUGGUCGAAGCUGCACAAGGCUUGGAUUAUCUGCACAAAGGUUGUAGUCUACCAAUAAUUCAUGGGGAUGUGAAGACCAGUAACAUUUUGUUAAGUCAAAAUUUGCAAGCCAAAAUAGCAGAUUUUGGACUUUCUAAAUCUUAUGUUAGUGAGACACAAACUCACAUAUCAGUCACUCCAGCUGGGUCAGCAGGUUACAUGGACCCUGAGUACUUUCACACUGGCAGGCUCACCGAGAGCAGUGACGUUUAUAGCUUCGGCAUUGUUCUACUAGAGAUAGCCACAGGUGAAUCUCCAAUACUACCGGGGCUAGGCCACAUCGUUCAGCGCGUGAAAAAUAAGGUUGCUUCUGGUAACAUCAGCUUAGUUGUGGAUGCACGGCUUGGAGAUGCCUAUGAUGUCAGCUCAAUGUGGAAGGUGGUAGACACUGCAUUGUUGUGCACCACUGAUAUUGGCGCUCAACGUCCAACAAUGGCUGCUGUGGUUGCACAGCUAAAGGAGAGUCUGGCAUUGGAGCAAACUUGUGAGUAUAGUGCCCUCAGUGGAACCACGGGCACGAGUGAUACCACGGUUUCAUUGGCCAAUGUUGGUCCAUUAGCAAGAUGAACAUACAACCACUAGUUACUUCUGCAUCGUUGAUGAUUCUCCGUUACGAGUGGUUUUUAUUACUAUUUGUCAUGUGAGGAAAUACUUAUGUAUAGGAUUGUGAUGGUAUUUUUGUGUGCGUGGAAGCAAAAAUAAGGUGCUUGUCUAUGAGCUUGUAGAG